UUUUCAAUCUAAAUUAUUAAUAUUAUAUAAAAUUCAUAUUUUAUUUAAUUAAUUAUCCCUAAAUUUAUAGCAUCUAUAACAAACGAAAGCUUUCUUAUAAUAAUAAAGGAUCGAUUUGAUGUGCGCUCUGUUAUCCCAAUAUGGCUCAAAUCCCAAAAUAUUAAUACAUACGAUGAACAUCGAAAAUUAUUAUAAUCGUGACUGUGACAGUUCUAUUCCUUACCAGUGCAAUAAUAAUAUUAUAAACGCAAAGGAAUAUUUUGACGUGAGUAAGUUUAAAUCGAAAUCAUCGAAUAAUAACAUCGUCCUCUCUUCUCCCAUAACUCUUAAUAAUAAUAUUAGUAAACCUAAACAAUCGCAAUACACUCACGUAUUCAACUUCGCUGACAGUCAGAGACAUAUUAUCAUGCCUUCCGAGAUGCCCGAGAAAAACGAAUUUAAAAAAUUACAAUCUACGACACAAAACGAUCAGGGUAAUCAUAAUAACAUUCAUGAACACGAUAUAAAAAAAUCUUCGGACACCACCGCAUUCGAAGACGAAACGAGUGAGAGCGAGAUGGACCUUACAGAACCCGAAAGGGGAAAAUGCAAUGGUAGUAAUAACAGGAAAAGGACAGCCUUCAACAGUCACCAACUAAAUAUACUGGAGAAAGAAUUUCGAACCAAAAAAUAUUUGUCUCUCAACGAAAGAUCUGAAAUGGCCUCCUCCUUGAAACUCACCGAAUCUCAAGUAAAAAUUUGGUUCCAAAACAGGAGGGCUAAAUGGAAGCGACUUAAGGCUAGUGGGCGUAAUUCGAUACUUUCUAUGCCCCAAUCCCGUGGAAUUGAUGAUCAAGGUUUCAAUAAUGAUACCAGUAAUAACCCUGAAUAUUUUAAUGGUACCAAUGAGAGUCAAAAUGAUGUUAUAUCGCAAAACUUCUGGAGACAGAGAUCUAAAUGGACGAACGAAGAGGUGAAUGGUAAUAAUUUAGGGAAUAUUAACAGUAAACCCAGGACAAACAUUAAUAAAAUAGUCGUGCCCAUUCCAAUACACGUUAGUAGAUUGGCUUACAGGAAUCAGCAUCAAAGUCGUCACAAUCACAAUUAAAUUUAUUUAAAAUGCCUUUUUUUGGGAGGAAGGAAAUAAUCUGUACAUGUAUAUAAUAUAGUCCCUUCUCUUUAAGUUAUUCGUUUUGUAAUUGUAUAUAUCACGAAAUCUCUGUAAAGUGCAUUUAAUUUAUUUCUAAAAUCUUGAACAGGGUAAAAUAUGAAACAUGGUCAAAACUCAUAAAUUAAAUUAUUUAUUUUAUCAAUAUUUAUAACUUAACAGGGUAAUGAUA